AUGUUACUAGCACAAGAUAAAAGUUACAAGAAAGGUUUCAGAUUUGAUCAUGUGUGGCCUAUACUUAAGGAUAUUGAAAAAUUUGCAGAUAAUGUUAACGCCGUAGAAGUAUUUCAAAGGAAAACUGAUAACAAAUUUUUAUUCAAGGAUUUGAAAUCCAUAACCGAUCCAAUCCUACGUGAGUUUUUUCAAAAUGAGCAAUCAAGAAUUAUACAAAAAAGAGCUCAACAACAAGUGCUACACCAAAUUUGGCGUGGCGCUGUUCAGCCGCACCAAAUUGGUACGGUAAAUGGCGCUGCAUUGGAGUAG